AUGCCUCUCACCGGGAUCCAAAUCGUACUCCUUGCCGACCUGCUCCUCCUAACCUACUCCUGCCUCCCGUACAGCGGUCAAUGGAACAGAAAGAACGACCGCGAAAAGAGUCCCUUAUCAGAUGGAGUCUCCAGCGAGAACCUUCGCACCCACCUCCGACAACUCACCCGAGAACCCCAUGUGGCGGGAACGGAAGAAGAACUCGACACGGCUCGAUACGUUCGUGAUAAGUUCCUCGAAUAUCACUUGGAUUCCGUGAAGGUCGUUCCGUACGACGUCCUCCUCUCCUAUCCCGAUCGAGAAAAGCCGAACAAAGUCUACGUUCUCGACGAAGCAGGAGAUAUCGUUUUCUCGACCCUGGGCCAUCAAAAACCCCUAUAUGCACCCGAGGAGAGUAGCCAUCGCGUAUUUCCCACUUUCAACGCCUACUCCGCCCCUGGACAACCGAUCGGAGAUCUCGUUUACGUCGGCUACGGACGAAGGGAAGAUUUCGAAUUUCUUGUCGCAGAAGGAAUCUCGGUGAAAGGAAGCAUCGUAUUAGCGCGAUACGGUAAGUCCUUUAGGGCCAACAUCGUCAAGUUUGCGAUGGAAUAUGGAGCGAUCGGCGUGAUCUUUUAUUCCGACCCGAUGGAGUAUGCAUCCCAGGGAGAAGGUCUCGUCUAUCCGAACGGCAAGUAUUUGCCAGAUAUGGGAGUUCAAAGUGGAACGGUGAAGUGGACCGAUGGAGAUCCUACUACUCCCCACCGACCGAGUGUUCCAGGUACGUACCGAAUUCCGGAAUCGGAAGCAGAGCUACCGAGAAUCCCCGCACAACCGAUCGGGUACCGUGAGGCAAAAAAGCUUUUGGAGAAUCUCGCCGGAGCCGAAGCCCCGUCUCGAUGGCAAGGAGCUCUUAACGUCACGUAUCGACUUGGACCAGGUUUCGUUCGACCGGGGAUCGGUGGAACCGGAUCGUUACGUGAUUUUGGGGAACCACCGAGAUGCAUGGAUCUUCGGGGCCGUGGAUCCGUCGAGCGGCACGGCAUCGCUGCUCGAAGCCGCACGGCUGUACGGCGAGGCCGAGGAUCGUUGGAACCGGAUCGUUACGUGAUUUUGGGGAACCACCGAGAUGCAUGGAUCUUCGGGGCCGUGGAUCCGUCGAGCGGCACGGCAUCGCUGCUCGAAGCCGCACGGCUGUACGGCGAGGCCGCGAAGGCUGGGAAUCCACCUCGACGGACUCUGCUCUUUUGCAGCUGGGGCGCCGAAGAGUACGGUCUCAUCGGGUCCACGGAAUGGGUGGAGGAAUACGCCAAUGCGUUGGCAGAUCGGACCGUCAUAAAUCUGAAUGUAGACAUCUCCGUUUCGGGGAAUAAGACGUUGAGGGCCAUAGGAAGUCCGCUGUCAUUCCAAAGUCUUUAUUCCACGACGAAGAAAGUAGGAAACCCGAACCCCGAGGAGGUGAAGGAUGGAAGACCCACCGUCUUCGACACGUGGCUCCACAAUUCGCCUUCCGAGAAUACGGAUUUUCCAACGGUGGAAACCUUGGGUUGCACGAGCGACUAUGCCCCAUUCGUCCACUUCUUGGGAAUUCCUUCCAUCGACAUCACGUACAAUGGGGAAAUAGAGGAUUAUCCCUUGUAUCAUUCUCUCUACGAGACUUUUCACUUGGUCGAUUAUCUCUUGGAUCAAAGUUUUAACUACACGAAAGCGGUCACUCAGGUUUGGAUGGAACUCGCCGAUCACUAUGCCAACUCUGCCUUACUUCCGUUCGACGUCAGGGACUACAGCAAAUUUCUCCGACAACAAUCCCAGGGCUUCUGGAAGACAUUCGGGAAUCUGCUGGAGAAGCAUAACGUAUCACUGGAUUCGUGGUCGAGUGCCAUCGACAAUUUGACCUCGGCUGCGGAAUUCUUCCACGGAGAGCAUCGAGAGUCCUUGGAUUUGGAUGAGCCAUACCAAGUGAGGCGAUUCAACGACGAAUUGAUGGCAGUCGAACGCGUCUUCAUCAACACGAUGCUCCCCAGCGGGAACCGUCACAUGAUCUACAGACCCAGCAGUUCCAACUCCUACGCGGGGCAAGUCUUUGGGAAUCUGGUUGACUUGAUGGUAGCGAGUGAUCCCGAUUGGAAUGAGGUGAAGGUUGGAGUCUCCAUCAUUGCUCAAAUGAUCCAGUCUGCAGCGAAUACAUUGAUGGGCUCCAUCAACGUCAGGGGAUUCUGA